CCCGACGAGCAUCAUUUUUGUCCGUGCAUAGAGGAAAGCUGUAGGUGAAGCCACAGGAACCCCCUUUGCCUGACAGGAGCUUUACAAAGGAAGGUCAGUCGCCAGGUACCCAUUAGGCAGGCAAAGGAAGCUGAGACUCAUGCAAAGCCUCUGGCAAAGGUGGAAACAAAACCUCGGGCUGUGAUCCUGCAUUAACAGCCGUCUGGAUCUGACUGCCUGGAGCUCCUUACAGAUAAGCAAUCUGGGACUGGACCAGUGAAGACAUAACUCCCUUUGUGCCUGCUGUUACUGCUGAUGCCCCAAAACGCUGCCUCUCGCUGCUGCUGGUGCCACCCAGACCUCUCCCACCGCAGCACUUGGUCGCAGCAGGGCUCAACACCCGGCUACUCCCACUGAUGCCUCGAGGACGAGGCAAGAGGUAACUUUUCCUUGGGAAUUUCAGUGCGAGUCAAGCGCUACAGCCAGCCUGGCCCUUGUCUCGGGGUGCUGCGGGUGCCUACGCUGGCAGAUAAAAGCAGGCCAGGGAACAACCCAUGCUGACCAGCCGAUGGCCAUGGCUGCACUGCGGAGGAUGUGAUCCCCAGGCUCCUGUGGGCCAUCUUGUUUGCAAGGUAUCUUCAGUGUUUUGCAUGAUUUUUCUCCCUCCACUGAAAAAUGCCUGAAACUACAGGAGAGCUGUCUCACGCCCCAUUAGCAUUCUGUUUGCAACAUGAAGCUGAGGAUACAUUUUAAAUGUGUCGGGGAGUGCCAUGCAGGGCUGGUGGAGGUGAUCGAGGGCUCAAAAGUGGGCUGGGAUGGCACUGGGGGAGUAUGUACACCAGAGGGAGCAAAACCUGCUCCCGUCUUAUCCCUGCUUCAUUUUGAGAGUGAUCCCGAGAUCAACCAUCACUAAAUCUUGGAAAGAAAUGGAGCUGCCUCCAGCUGGACCACUGGGGAAGUCCAGGCCAGAGGUGGAGGGCAAGUGUGUGGAUGACAGCAGGCACAGAAUUUGAACAUGCUUCUUGUCCCUCUUUUGUUUAGCUAUGGUGACCUGCAGGGUUCGGCUCUAGGCAUGAGUCGAAAGCCUCAUAUUUUACUGAGACGUGUUUCUGGUCAUUGUAAUUCUGCACUGCUCUCUUCUUUAUGAUGGAGAACCCUAUCUGCUUUCCAAGGCUACUGAUGCUUCUGAUCCCAGCCUGCCUCCCUGCCCUUGAUCAGAGCAGCAGCCAUGGAGCCCUGUCUCAGAGAGACAGAAGAGAUGUGGAGAAGUGUUGGGGAAGAGCAGAAGACAACAAUGGAAGAGCAGGCUGCUAUAGGAACCAGCUUCACGUCUUGGCGUUGCAUUCUGCUGCAGUGUGGCUCCAGAGCACUUGUCAAACACUGAACUGCAGGUUCCAGUCCUGCUGACCACCGUUGGUGAUGAGGAGACCCCCAGACUCCAGCAGACUUUCAGCCACUUCUCUGCUGGCAGGAGCUCUCCAGCAGUCUGGCAGAUGUGACCAGAAUCUGGCAGACAGGACGAAGUGAAAGUCUGGCUGGGCUCUAAGAUGUCUUCCAUUUAGCUGUGGAAGGCUUUAUCAGCCCUUGCAGAGGCUUUCCCCUGCACACACCACUCAAGGCUGGAGCUGUAGUGGAGGAAAAUGGAGCCUGUAGAUCUCCUGGCACUUGCCUCCCUAGAAAUGAACAGUACCACAGUUACCCUGGCUUUGCUGGUGAUCUUCCUGGUCCUGCUGUAUUGGUACUCCACAUCUGCAUUCUCCAAACUAAGCAGAGUAGGGAUCCGACACCCUCCACCUCUUCCUUUCAUUGGAAACCUGCUCUUUUUCCGUGAGGGUUUUUGGGAAAACCACACAAAACUCAUAACGGAGUAUGGACCUGUUUGUGGGUAUUACAUUGGUCGCCAGACGUUUGUGGUGAUCUCCUCACCAGAGAUGAUCAAGCAAAUCUUAGUGACAGAUUUCAGUAACUUCACCAACAGAACUAAGCCGAACUUGAUUUCCAAGCCAAUGCUUGAUAGCAUCCUUUGUCUUCGUGAUGACAGAUGGAAGUACGUGCGGAGCCUCCUGACCCCAGCCUUCAGCGAUACCAAACUGAAAGAGAUGACACCACUGAUAAACCAGGCCUGUGACAUCCUGCUGUGUAACUUGAAAGUCUACGCAGAUUCUGGCAAAGCUUUUGAUAUCCAGAGGUGUUACAACUGCUUUACCUUGGAUGUCGUUGGUAGCGUAGCUUUUGGUACUGAGGUGGAUUCUCAGAAGAAUCCUGAUGACCCCUUUGUUAAGAAUUGCAGAACAUUCUUCGAAAUGUCUUUGUUUAAGCCUCUUCUCAUUCUAAUCCUUUCUUUCCCAUUCAUAAUGAUCCCAUUGCUACGUAUUUUUCCCAACAAGAAACAAAAGGAACUGAAUGGAUUUUUUAUCCAAACCAUAAAAAAUGCAAUUGUCUACAGACACCAGCAAGAUGCAGCUGAGAGGCGCAGGGAUUUUCUCCAGUGGAUGCUUGAUGCCUGUGAUUCAGCCAACUCCCUGGCAGCCGGGUGCUCGGAUGUGAUCGGCCCAUCUGCUGCUCCCAGACAGAAUGAGGUGCCUCUGGUUGGCAGGGCCUCAUCUGGAAAGGCUCAGAAGACGCUAACAGAGGAUGAGAUAGCAGGCCAAGCUUUCCUGUUCCUGAUCGCUGGGUAUGAGACCACCACAAGCACGCUGUCCUUUGCCACCUACUUGCUGGCCACCAACCCAGAGUGCCAGGAGAAGGUGCUUCGGGAGGUUGAUGAGUUCUCUGCAAAACACAUGGUCCCUGAUUACCAAAAUGUACAAGAACUCCCUUAUCUGGACAUGGUGAUUGCAGAGACAUUGCGCAUGUACCCACCUGCAUUCAGAUUCACUAGGGAAGCAGCUGAAGACUGUGUAGUGCUGGGGCAGCAUAUUCCAGCUGGAGCUGUCAUUGAAGCUGCAGUUGGACACCUUCACCACAACCCUGAGUUCUGGCCAGAACCCGAGAAGUUCAUUCCUGAGAGGUUUACAGAGGAGGCCAAGAAGGAACGACAUCCCUUUGUAUACCUGCCCUUUGGGGCAGGACCCCGUGGCUGCAUUGGCAUGAAAAUGGGUUUGUUGGAGACAAAAAUGACUCUGCUGAGAAUUUUGCAGAAGUUUCAAUUCAAGACCUGCCCAGAGACUGAGAUUCCUUUGCAGCUCAAAUCAAAAGCCACACUUGGACCAAAAAAUGGAGUCUACAUUAUGCUGGAAUCUCGCUAAAUGGAAAUGUGCAUCCUGAAGCCUUCUGGGAUGAGGCCCUUUGUUAGUGAUUCACUGGGUAUAAUUAUUUUUCCAAACUCCAAGGACGGGUUGGAGCCUAAGUCCCUCUGAUGGUCAGUAGGUGCUUGCUCACUGCCCUCCUGUGGGACAGCCUCCAGUCACUUUUUAAAAUGGGCUCCACAGUCUUUUUUGGAGGUUUUCAAAUUGCUGUGAAUGGUAUCUGUGAAGAAGCAUCCCACUUUCACUUGCUUUUCUACAUCACACUUCUUUUCACUUAAUCUUUGAGAAUGCUUUCCUUAUGCUCAAUUUCCACAAUAUACAGUAGAUUUUAAUUUCAAUUCAUUGCAUGACACAUCCUGCUCAUGCACUUGUGAGUCCCUUCUCUAGAGAAAGCCCCAAAGGCACCGCAGUUACAGCAGAAGACCUGGGACGCAGUGCAUUGGAUUUUAUCAUGAACUCCACUAACAAUCAAAGCUGAGGCUCCUGCACAAUGCUUAAUCUCUCCCUGUGUCUGUAAAGCAGGAGGAGUUGCACCUCCUUCAUGCUUUGAAGAGAUUUUAAAUACACUUAGAUUAACGAUUUGCACUUGGCACAUUCCAUCGACAUGACAGAAGAAGAAUGAAGAGUUCCCUGGCUUACUAGUAAAGUUCCAGUAGCUAAGACCAAAGAAAUGAGGUGACAGCCAUUUUGCUGGCUGCUGAACUGCUGUUAGAAAGGUGGAGUCAAAGAAGAUAUGAAUUCAAAGCAAGCAGGAGGACUGGAGGAAAUUUAAAGGUAAUCAGAAGGUGUUGGUACAUCUGCUCCAUGGGGAGGCCUUUCCUUUCCAAGCAUUGCAGCUGGCACCAUCCCUGUCUAGCUCCUUGAAUCAAGGAAAUCAAGAGCAUGCAUGCACUAGAGCCAGUGGCAAAGGGGUGGGAUCCAGGAUCAUCAGACCCAGCAGUUCUCUUGACUCCGUCUGAGACACUGGAGCAGGUCAUGUCCCAAGUGCCUCACUCCCGUCAGGAAGGAACUUGUCUGAUUUCCAGCUGCAGCAGCCCCGUGGAUACGUUCUAGCUGUGUGACUGUGCACGUGCAUCUUCUCAGCCAAAACAGCCAUACACUUCCAUUCCUCACAUUCCCUCUGUCCUACUCCUCUGCAAAGCCUUCACCCACCACACAGCUAGUGUUGCACAAGAAGCUGGGAGGGGACACAGCUGGGACAGCUGACCCCCACUGACUGCAGGGACAUUCCAUACCCUAUGGCACCAUGCUCAGCACAUAAAACCAACGGAAGAAGAAGGAAGGGGGACAACAUUCAAAGUGAUGGUAUUUGACUUCCCAAGUCACUGUUAACACCUGCUGGAGCUCUGCUUUCCUGGGGUGGUGGAACACAUGCCUGCACAUGGGAAAUGGUGAAAGAAUUCUUUGAGUUUUGUGUGGCUUUUGCUUUACCUAUUAAACUGUCUUAAUCCAUGA